AUGGUUAACUCGAUUUUCAAAGCAUUUUUCAUAUCUCUAUCCACCUCCAAAAUCUCUUCUUUCAGACGCGAAGAUUACUGUAAUUUCAAUCGAUAUAUGCAAUAUGUAUAUUCAAAUUCUCUUGAGAGGAAAACUGUGAACGUUGUUCUAGAGAGAGAAAGGAGUUGUUUUGAAGUUCGAUCAGACGUUUUAGAGAGAGUAGACCGGAAAAUGAAUGCCGUGGGGAGGCAGAGAUCCGGUGCAUCAACGGCGCACCACCAGCGACAGUACUCCGACAACUGGAUAGACACUCCAUCGAAUGGACGGUUAUUACAAUCAGCUGAUCUCCAACACCUACAGUCAAACAAUGCAGUCUCUCCUCUUCAGAAUGUACAGGAGUGUGUAAGCACAGAGGAAUUAGAGGAAGUGAUUUGUUUGGGGAUCCAUUGCACCGACUAGGGAUUCAUGACCUACAGGCCGGAGAAUGAAUGUGGAGGAGCAAGUUUCCAAAAAUGAGUGUAGCCCUGGACUAUUGGAUCUGCAUUCUUUUAUACCGAGCUUCUCCCUGAGGUGAUUUAGAGUUUUUAAAGUAAAAUUAUGUUCAAGCUCUGUCUUGUUAACUCAUUUGUCUAUCAACGUAUGUGGUGGCAGUGGUGCGCGGUUUAUUCUUUCAAUAGUCCAUGUAAUGUAAUUCAUUUGAACUUCUUGUGCUUCCUUGUUUCCUUUCUUUCUUUCUUUUGUUUGAGGAUGGCAAGUUUGUGUUGUCGGGUUUGUGGUGGAAAAUUGAUACAUGCAUUUAAAAAUUAAAAAAACUGAUUAGACUGUAGAGAAUAAUAAUUAUACCGAAAUGUAGGAGAAGGCAACAUAUCUUUCAUGGAUUAAUGAGUUGGAUUUAUAUACAAGUCUACAAGUGUCCUAUAGUGUUCGCGAAAUAUUUCUUUCGAUUUAAAUUAUCGCAAGCGUACGGUUCGUUAACAAGUAAUAAAGUGGAU